AAAGAAUAAACAUGGCGAAAGCGUUCCAUUUGGUACGCAUGCGUUAUUUGCAUUACGACGACGAAGACAAAAAUGGCUUCCGCAAAGUCGUUAGAAGAAAUGUUGUCUUCCGUAGUCGAUGAACGUGCCGUUAAUGCCUUCGUACGAUCACUUGAUUCGCAAUUGUCGACGAAUAUUCAACUUUCACAUCAAGAUAUUACGACAAGUAUUAAUAAUCAAAUAGCUAAACAGGCAAAUAUAAUAACGACAGAUGAUUUAAAGCAUGGAAGUAUAGAAAGAUCAACAAUGACAACGAAUAAUUCGCAGACGUUUUGUGAUAGUAGUUUAACAACAUCAUCAGUCAGUGAUAAUGUUAUUGUGACAUUAGCCAAUGCAUUACCAGCAAGUGGAUAUAUGAGUCAAGUGGGGCCUAGUCCACCAAUUCAGCCGAGUUUAGUUAAGAAUAUAACUCCCAUGGAAGUAAAUCCUGAUACGAAAUUAGUUUAUGCUCCGUUAACUAAUGUUACUCAAUUACAUACUCAAGUAUCUACUGAAAACAGAACUGUCAUUCAAAGGAAUACGGCUCAUACUGUUUCAAAUGGUAACAUUGUUUCUCGACAGCCUAGUACUGUAGUAUCAGUUCCAUCUAUUUCUAAAACUAUGAAUCAGUUAAAUACAAUUAAUACACAGUCACCAAUUGGUUCUAAUACAAUUUUAGUUCCACAUUCUAUGUUGUUAACAACUGAUUCACAACAGCCUCUUAAUGGUAGUAUAAAGGAUAUAGUUUCAGAAACAAAAGGGCAGAACAGUUUACCACAGACAAUUCUAACAUCCUAUGGAAAACAAGGAGCAAAUAAUUCGUUAUGUAAUCAAAAUUUAACAACGAUAAUAAAAGGAUCUUCACCACAAAUAUCAGUUAAAAAUGAAAGUAUACCUCAGUCACAUAUUGGUGCUGCAACAGUUUCUGUAGCUAAUAUUGUGCAUUCGCAGCAACCUACAAAGCACGUUAUGUCUCAAGUUUCGGCAUCAAAUAUGCUUUCGGGUGUACAAUUAAUAAAUAUGUGUGCUGGAAAUGCAGGAACGAUAACGACUCAAAAAUCUUCGGCACCCAGAGUUGUAUUUAGUAAUCCUGUUCGAAUUGCUGCUGCUCCGCAGGUGAUUGCAGCUCGACCGAGAGCUCCUAUUCAGAAUACAAUUACACUUCCUCAAGGCUUAAUUCGAAGUACAUUGCUAGUAAGAACAGAAAAUGGUCAGCUUCAGGUUGUAAAUGUAGCACCAGGAAUUACAGCAGCUGGUGGAAUUGCUGGUACUCCAACAUAUCGUUUGGAAUCUGUUCAGCCGGGAGUUCAUCCAAAUGUUUCAAGUUCCAUUCUACAAACAAAUCAACCCAUCCAAAAUGUAACUUCAAUUUUGCCUUCAACAAAUAUACCUUCUCAAAACAUAAAAAAACCAACAAAUGCCAGUAAUUUAAACCAGCAGUUAACUAUUCAGACAAAUACAGCAAAUGGCCAAGUUACCAGUUCUUCUCAGAUGUCGCCAACAACAGCAAAGAAAAAAUGUAAAAAUUUUUUGUCUACUUUAUUGCGAUUAGCAAAUGGCCAAGCUGGACAAGUUGCAAAAAAUGUGGAAAAACUAAUUCAAGGAAUUAUAGAUGAUACAAUACAACCAGAAGAAUUUUCUCAUCAGUUACAAAAAGAAUUAAAUUCUUCUCCUCAACCAUAUCUUAUUCCCUUUUUAAAAAAAAAUUUGCCAUACUUAAGGCAUUCAAUGAUGACUGGAGAAUUAAGCAUUGAAGGAAUUAAACCACCACCACCUGGCUCAGUGGUUCUUCCUAUUCCACAACCUGUAUUAAAACAGGUAAUAAAUAAACAGGUGUUACAAAUGAAGCCUCCUAUAACACAAAUGAGAGUUGUAUCACCAGCAUUAAUAUCUGGAAAUUUAUCAGCACAAUUAACAACUCCUGCAACACAAACAAUUGUAGGACAACGAUUAGUAACACCAAAAUUACAAGGUGGAACAAGUAUUAAAACUAUAGCUGGUUCAAAAUCUUUAACUGGAAUAUUGAAUCAGACAACUAAACCAGUCAUAUCCUCCAGAAGUUCUGUUUCUGUGAAUUCUAAAGAGAGGGAAAGAGACAAGAAAAGUUUUACAACAUCUCUCAGAGAUGAUGAUGAUAUCAAUGAUGUUGCUGCAAUGGGUGGUGUUAAUUUGAUUGAAGAAAGUCAGCGGAUUUUAGCAACUACAGCUGAAAUAGUAGGGACACAAAUAAGGUCCUGCAAAGAUGAAACUUUUUUUUCGUCUGGAUUACUUCAAAAACGUAUUUCAAAAAUUGCUGCCAAGCAUGGAGUUGAUGAUGUUUCAAGUGAUGUCAUUGCAUUAGUCUCUCAUGCAGCACAAGAACGUCUGAAAUCAAUUAUUGAAAAAUUAGGCACGAUAGCAGCACACUAUGUAGAAAAUCCAAAACUUAAUUCAAAAUAUGAAAUAACAAGUAAUGUUAAGGACCAAUUGGCUUUCCUUGAAGAAGUGGACAGGUUUAAAAUGUCAAACACAGAAGAAAUGGAUAUAUCUAAUGGUGAUUUGAUAAAUGAAGAAAACCCAAGAUUAAGUAAAGAAGAGGAUAAGCAGAGAAAAGAAGAUAAAAGACAAACAGAAACAAUUUUAUCAGCUCUUGGAUCAAGAAAGAGAUCAAGGACUGAUUUUCAAUCAGAUCAGGUAUAUUUUUCUAUUUAUUUGAAAUAAGCAUAUACUUAAAAAAAUUUAUUUAUAUGUUUGUAUAAGUUAAAUU